AUGGCGGCGGCGGCGUCAGAGCACGCGGCCGAGGAGGGGACGAUGAGCAUCUACAAGGCGGCGAGGCGCAUCAAGCGGCGGGAGAGCACCCUGUACAACGCGCUGCGGAGCGUGGCCGACGACGCGGCCUUCGUGGCCGAGAUCGCGGCGCUGUGGCCGACCCUGCCGCUGGUCGCCAACCUCCGCUGCGGCCUCUGGUACGCGCAGCCGCGCUCCCUCGCCGCCACCUGCUACUUCAAGUCCACCGACGGCCACGCCGGCAACUGGGCCUUCUCCACCGCCCGCCUCAAUCUCCACCUCGCCCUCCUCGCCGGGGAAAGAGGAGGAUGCAUAAUAGUUGAUUCAACAAGGAAAGGGAAACGAUUUCCAGAUAGCAUGGCAAAGACAAUACCCAUUUGGUGCUGCGUUCUCAAUCGAGCCAUUCAGAGGCAUCGACCGCGGGCUAUCAACCAAGGUAGCGGAUUGAAUUCCGAAAUGUCAGCUGUUGUAUCAAACGGGGAUGCUGAAGAGUACUCUGGUUCAUCAAACUGGGAUAGCUCAGUUCAUCUUCCUGUAUGGGUUCUGGAAACUGAGAGAAAUGCAAUAGAGGGGCGUAUUGAAGAAUGGGCGGACCUAUUUGAAUCUUGUGGUGCAGACAUUCAUUCUCUUGCAUUAGGUUUGCAAAAACCACUCCGUCCACUGUGGAUAUCACAAAAUACACGUAUAUGGUUGAAUGAAGUACCAGAUCAUCAGUUAUGGGACUUCACUCCCGUCAUAUUAGUUUCAGCAUCUGCAUCUGGUACAGUGGCUACACAAAGAACGGCGUCAGAAUUCAGCUGGCGCUAUAUUCCUGGUGCAGGAGAUGAUGAAGAGAGUUGGGCACGUGGUCUAACUCCUACAUUAUUCUGGAAGCAUUCGUAUGAUCUACUUGAUGGUGGACCAGAUCUUUGUAAUCAGUUAGUUGCCGACAUCGUUGAAAAGGAUAGGGUUUACCGUGCACAGAGGGGUGAACAUUCUCCACAAGUUAUAGUUAAGCAUAUAAAGUGCUCAAGCCAUGGACAAGAAUCAUACACGGGAGAUCAUACAAUUAUCACACAACCUAUGAACUCGAACCCUUCUACUCUUGCUCCAGCAAAUACACAGUACUCCAAUGAUGGUCAUGUAGUCUUCUGGAUUGGGACAUCAAACAUUGCAGUAGCAUCUACCAUGCAAGAUGGCUUGGCUGAUAUGGAUUGCAUACUGAACUGUGACAGCACAUCAAGAUUGCCUUCUAAUUCAUCAGAAGAUUCUUACCUUGAACUACCUAUUGUGGAUUCCAAGGAUGAACGAUUUUCUUUGUUGAAAAAUCUUCCCAAAGCAGUUAGCUUUGCAAAGAAAAAUCUAAUCGCAAGGAGAAAAAUGCUGCUAUGUUGUCAAAGUGGAGAAGAUAUAAGCAUUUGUGUGGCUUUGGCAAUAAUCACACGGUUAUUCAAUGACACUGGGUGCUUCGACUGCGGCGAAUCUUUUAUGAGAAGAGACAUCACCAAGUUAGAGAUGAGGAAGAGGCUGGUGUUCAUUUGCAAAUACGCCGUUAAUGCGCGGCCAUCUAGGGGAAACUUGAGGCAGGCAUUCGUUCUGAUCAGUUGCCACAGAAUAGUCAGGUUUGGGCCUCUCAAGCAACACCGUCCAGAUGGACCCCAUACUGAUCAACAUUUCUUCAUUUGA